AUGUGGUCUUUGGGUAUUGCUGAUCCGGUGGUGGUGAAUUUUUCCAAACAGGCUAUUACCAUUGGUGUGGAUGGUGUUCAUAUUUCUCUUGUGCAUGCUAUUUCAGUGCAAACUACUAGGAGAAAUCUGUGGAGACAGUUAGAUAUGGGUGCACUUCAGUUGCCAUGGUUGGCAAUUGGGGACUUUAAUUGUGUGUUGCGUAACGAUGAGAAAAAGGGUGGUGCGACUCCGAGAACGGCAGUGGUGAAUGAAUUUAGUGAUUGGUUGGAUGACAAUGGCCUUUUUGAAGCGGAAUGCUUGGGUUGCAAGUUUACUUGGUCUAACAGGCAAUCUGGAGUUCAUAGAAUUAUUAGUAGGCUUGACAGGGCAGUGAUUAAUGAGUUUUGGUUGAAUCGUUUUGAGAAUUGGCAGUGUAAAGCUCUUCCAAGGGAAGUUUCUGAUCAUUCUCCUCUUAUUGGUUUUCCGUUUGUUAACACGAGACCAAGAAGAGCGCCUUUUCGAGUUCAAAAAAUGUGGUUUGGGCAUCCCGAUUUUAUGCGUAUGGUUGAAGAUAGUUGGAAGGAACCUAUUGUUGGUUCACCAACCUUUAUAUAUCCUCAAAAUUUAAAGCGUCUUGAAAUUUCAAUGAAGUUGUGGAAUCAAGAAGUUUUUGGUAAUGUUAAUGUUAGGCUGAAACAGGCUCAGGAUAGACUUGAAAGUUCAAUGCGUUUAUCGGAUGAAGACCCUUCGGAUGUGGACAAAUUGAACUCGAUGAGAAGUGUGGCAGUGGAAGUUAAUGAUAUUAGAAUGAGUAGUAAUAUUAUUUCAGAAUUGGUGGAUGCUAAUGGGGUAACGGCGACUGAUUGUAAUCAGAUUCGUAACCUUAUUGUUGAUUAUUAUGAGGCAAAGUUUAAUGGUGAUGAUUCAGUUCCAGUUGAAGCUCUUUUUAAUAUUGAUCAUAAUAGUAUUUCUCUUGAGGAGAGUGCUAGAAUGGAUCAGUUGCCCUCAAUUGAUGAGAUUCAUGCAGCGGUUUUUGAUUUGGGUGCGGAUAGUGCGCCAGGGCCAGAUGGGUUUGCUGGUUUUUUCUAUAGGCAUUGUUGGGAGAUUAUCUGGGAGGAUUUGGUUAAUGCUAUUAUGUUUUGUUGGUCUAACAGAUUCAUUCCUCACGGCGUGAAUUCUAGUCUUCUCAUGCUUCUGCCUAAAGAGAGAGGUGCUAAUACUCUUCGUAACUUUAGGCCGACUGGUCUUAGUAAUUUUUUUUUAAAGAUUUUUACUAAGAUUUUAGCUACGGGGCUUGGUAGUGUUUUGGAUAACUUGAUUUCUGAGGAACAAGUGGCGUUUAUGAAAAGGGGAAAUAUCCAUGAAAAUAUUAGUCUAGUUUCAGAGAUGGUGAAUAAAACGCAGAUUAGGCGGAAAGAUGGUAAUGUUGGUUUAAAACUUGAUAUAACUCAGGCAUUUGACGCGGUUAGUUGGACUUUCAUCUUGGAGGUGUUUCGAAGAUAUGGUUUUUCUGAGAGUUGGUGUGACUGGAUUCUCCAAAUUGUCAAGUCUGCUAGAAUUUCGGUUCUCGUAUGGUAUCCCGGAAGAAAUAUCCCGAAACUCUUUCGUGAGGGAAAGAUGACUCAUAUGGUUAAUAUAAAAGGUAUUGCUCCUUCCCAUCUCUUUUUUGCUGAUGACAUUAUGAUUUUCUAUAAAGAUAGGUAUUUAGGGGUUAAGGUUAUGCCUGAAGCCAUUAAAUAUCAUCAUGUAGCCAAUGUUGUUGAGAAGAUCAAAGAACAAGUUGCGGGUUGGAAGGGAAGGAUGCUUUCUUUUCAAGACAGAGUGGUGUUGAAUUUUUUAUGGUCUGGUGAUUCAAAAGUGAGUAGGUCUUUUGUUGUGGCUUAUGACAAGAUUUGUGCUCCUUAUGAGGAAGGUGGUUUGGGUAUAACUCAAUUGAGUGUUACGAAUAGAGCGCUUCUUAUGGGUCUUUGGUGGAAAAUCCGUAACUCUAGUAAGGUUUGGGCUCGUUUUCUUCGAGCCAAAUUUUUCAUGAGGAAUGCUAAGUUGGUUCAUUAUGUGAAAUCUUCUAUUCUUCCAGGUAUUAAAUGGGUUUACUCUUUGGUGGAGGAUAAUUCUAAGGUUUUAAUUGGUGAUGGCUGUAAUACUUCUCUUUACUAUGAUGUAUGGUUGGGGGAUGUAGCUAUUGCUGAUUUACUUGAAGAUUAUGCUUUGGAUUGUGCUAUUUUGGUAGGUGAUAUGCUGAAUGAAGGAGGCUGGAAUUUGAGUGAAGAAUGUCAGAAUAAUUUGCUAGCUGCUGGUUUCGUUGACUUAGCAAAAAAAAAAAAUGGUUUCGUUGAAGAGGAUUUGCCUAGGAAUUUGAAUGGUAUUGAUCGCGGGGUUUGGAAGCCCAAUUACACAGGUAGUUUUACUGUCAGUUCUGCGAAAUCCUUAAUUCGCAAGAAGUAUGCUAAGAUGGUAGGAGCAAAUUUGUUAUGGAGGCCGACUGUGCACCCUGCCUUGGCUGCGAGGAACUGGAAAAUACUAAGAGGAGCUUGUGCUACGCUUGACAAGGUGAUGGAGUACUCCAGGCGGCUCAAAGGGCACAUGAACAAUACAGUGGAGGACUUAAAGGUUUUGGAUUUUUUUAAGGUCUCUCAUAGAAAGGUGAAGUCGCUGGUACCAGUUGAAUGCAGACAACCAAAGAAUGAUGAGAAAUCGUCUAAGGUGGAUGCGAAAGGGGAGUGGCAGAAUGUGCGUAAUAGGAGAAACCGUAAGGUAGGUGCUGGUGAGGAUGCAACCACGUCUGGUGAGGGUACAAACGCUGUGGCUGUAGGUGUUGGCGCUGCUGUAGGUGGUGUGAAAGUUGGUGCUGUUGUGGUUAAUGAGGUUGUUAACGGUGCUGGUGAUAAUGUGGAUGAUGCUCUUUCUGUAGGGCAUGGUGGAGCUGUGGUGAAUGGGGUAGUUGAAGCUGGUUUGGUGGAGAGUGCGGAUGAUUUGGAGAAUGAAUUAUUCUCUAUUGAAGCCAAGCUUCAGGCAACGUCUGAAGCUUUUGAGAAGGCUAAGAAGGCGAUAGCUUUGAAAAAGGGUUUGGCUAGUGGGUUGUCAAUGCGGUUGAAGGAGGCUAUCAAGCUAUGGAAUCAAUCCGUUUUUGGCAAUGUCAAUGCUAGAUUAAAGCAAGCAACUCGUAAGUUUGAGAGAUUUUGUAGUAGGUUUUGA